ACCAAAGAGACGAAAUCGUGAAAAUCAGACGAGCUUCAUCCAUUUCCUGUCUGCUACGAACUCGUCUCUGCUACAAGAAAUUUGGUGAGUGCCGAUUUGGCUCGUCUGCUCUGCUGAGCCAAUUUCCUCUCGUCUCUUCUUACUUUUCAUUUGUUUAUUACCCUUCCCGCGCUCUCGAUCUCCUGAAGCGAAAAUUGGAGCUCCUUCGCACCUUUUCUCACAAAUCACCUCUGCAAGCUUUUGAAUCCCAGGCUGACGUGUCAGCGUUUCAUUAGAGGGAAGAAAAUACCUUGUUUAUGCCACAGUCGCAUAGAAGUCGCUCUCUUAAUGAAAAUGGCCAACUGACGAAAAAAUCCAUACCAGUUUUUCAUAAUUCCAAAAUCAGCCCCUGUUCUGAUUCUACAACGACUACUGUGCUUCCUGGCUCUGCUGCGUAGCCACAAACUCCUGGCUCUACUGCGCACCCAUGAACCCAAGAGAGGGGCAGUAGUCGGCGAUUGAAAACCUCAAGUGGGUCUGGUAAUUCGGCGCCACCGCUGUCACUGUGGUUAGGUAUCAUGGAGGUCGACGAGGAAAACCCUACAUCUACUUCUCCUGCAGAGGCUUCUGAUUUGAUCCCUGAUAGUGAAAGUGUGCUUCCUGAUGUCAAUACUACUCCAGUACAGCCAAUCCAACCAAUACUUCCACCAGUGGCUGUGCCUCCUAUUGCUCCAAUUCCGACAAUUCCUCCUCCCCCUGUACCACGCCCAUUGGCACCUCUCCCCAUCCGCCCUCCUGUUUCGAGGCCGCCCACUACGCAAAAUGGUGAGGUGAGAGCAAGUGACUCGGAUUCAGACCAUGAUGACUCAGGCCCAAACCAGACUACUUCAGGUCCAACUGGGGAAUAUGAGAUAUCAGAAGAGAGCAGACUGGUGAGAGAGCGGCAGGAAAAAGCAAUUCAGGAGCUUAUGAUGAAGCGGCGUGCUAAAGCUCUGGCGGUGCCUACUAAUGACAUGGCUGUCCGGACUCGUCUUCGCAAGCUUGGUGAACCAAUGACCCUUUUUGGAGAAAGAGAGAUGGAAAGACGUGAGAGGUUGCGGACAAUUAUGGCAAAACUGGAUGCUGAAGGGCAGUUGGAGAAGCUGAUGAAAGCUCAUGAAGAGGAAGAGGCUGCAGCUUCUGCAGCAAAAGCAGAUGCUGAGGAAGAUAUUGUUCAGUACCCCUUUUAUACAGAAGGCACGAAGGCUCUCUUGGAUGCUAGAGUUCAGAUUGCAAAAUACUCUCUUGUGAGGGCAGCUUUGCGUAUUCAACGUGCACGGAGGAAAAGGGAUGAUCCAGAUGAAGAUAUUGAUGCAGAGAUUGAUUGGGCUCUGAAGCAGGCAGAGACUUUGGCGCUUGAUUGCAGUGAGAUUGGAGAUGACCGGCCACUUUCUGGUUGUUCAUUCUCACAGGAUGGAAAACUUCUGGCUACCUGCUCUUUGAGUGGAGUUGCUAAGUUGUGGAGUAUGCCUCAAGUUAAAAAGGUUUGUACAUUAAAUGGACACACAGAGCGUGCUACUGAUGUUGCAUUUUCUCCUGUAUGCGACCAUCUAGCUACUGCCUCUGCUGACCGAACUGCAAGGUUGUGGAACACUGAAGGAUCUCUCUUGAGGACAUUUGAGGGCCAUCUGGACCGUCUUGCACGAAUUUCCUUCCAUCCAUCAGGGAAGUACCUGGGGACUGCUAGCUUUGACAAGACAUGGAGAUUAUGGGAUGUAGAAACUGGUGAGGAGUUGCUUCUUCAAGAAGGUCACAGUAGGAGUGUCUAUGGGAUAGCCUUCCACCAUGAUGGAUCACUGGCAGCAUCUUGUGGACUGGAUGCACUUGCUCGCGUUUGGGACCUUCGAACUGGCAGAAGUAUUCUUGCAUUGGAAGGCCAUGUCAAGCCAGUUCUGGGAGUUAGCUUCUCUCCUAAUGGCUACCAUUUAGCCACUGGGGGUGAAGACAAUACUUGUCGUAUCUGGGAUCUUAGGAAGAAAAAAUCUUUGUAUACUAUACCAGCGCAUUCCAACCUCAUUUCAGAAGUAAAGUUUGAGGCUCAGGAAGGAUAUUUCUUGGUAACUGCUUCCUAUGAUAUGACAGCUAAGAUUUGGUCAGCCCGAGAUUUUAAGCCUGUGAAGACACUGGCUGGACAUGAAGCAAAAGUCACGUCUUUGGAUGUUGUUGGAGAUGGGCAUUCCAUAGCAACCGUAUCACAUGAUCGGACGAUCAAGCUGUGGUCUAGCAGUAGCCAUGAGAAGGAACAGGCUAUGGAUGUGGACUAGGUUGCUAAAGAUGAUAAAAAAUUUGGUGAUCCUUUUUUUUUUUUCGCGAUAAGUCUUUUAGGGAUAAGUGGAUAACAGAGCACAGACUGCUUAAAGUUCAAAAUUUCUAUUGUGGAGUUGCACUGUUAACUACGAGAGAUAUGGUUCAUGGCAAAUGGAAGCUUUCAACAUUGCCUCUUGUAUCAGCCUAUCAUUAACUGCAUUUUACUGAGUUAGGUUUCAUCUAUCUUACUGCUUUUCUUUUUCAGACACUAAUCAUAAAGAGAUAAUUGCUUGUAGGUGAUUUUGGGAGAAACCAUGCUAACGGGCAGAUACUUGGUGUAAUUUAUCUUUACAGUAGAGACAGCUGUGGAACAACAGUAGACAGUUGUCUGUACAUCUUCCUCUUAAAUUUCUGCUGUUUCUUCCUUGUGUACCUCCUCAAAAAUCUCUUAUAAUCAUGAGUUGAUAGUUUUCUCUCA